UCUUCUUCUUCUUGAACCAGUACCAAUCCCUUUGUUUCAGGUUCUUUCUUAAUCUUCUGGUGGUAUUGUAUCAUUGUCGUGGUUUCAUUUUGCUUCUUCUGUUUUCUUUGGAGUAUAAAACAUUCAUCCUGCCUUUAUCAUAACUCUUGAUAAUAACUUUUGAUCACCUUUAUUGCUUUGCAUAUCAGUAAUAUUAAUGUUUUUCUAGGCUGUUCUAGUUAUCUUAACCUCUUAGGUUGAAUAAUUCUCCGAUUAUAGUUUAGGAUGCUGGUCAUAUAGUAGUUGUACAGUCCCGUCUUUCGUUUAAUGUUCUUUUUCAUUUUUAAAUAAAUCCCAAUGGUCAGUCUCUUUAGUUUUGAUGACUUUCUGUUUAGAUAUUCAUUCAAAAUCUGAUUUCCGUUUGACAUUUCAUGCUAAUUCUGCUCAACACAUUUUAAUUUUUCCCAUUUUUUGCAUGCCCUGUUCUUAUUCUGAACCAUCCAAACUUCUAAUACAGAGAAAUUUAUACCAAGUUAAAGGAGAAAUGUCGGGUGUCUCUCUCGCUGUGAAUCCACCAUAUGAACCUAAUGGAACCACUGUUUCAGCAACAAAGGCUCAGCAAAAGGCUCCGCUUAAGCGACAGGAACAGCAGAAUUCGAUGGGAGGAGGUUUAAUGGGAUCAUUGCGUGUUAUAGAACUUCAACUAGUAGCCUUCAUUAUGGUUUUCUCAGUUAGUGGCCUUGUCCCACUACUUGAUCUAGUCUUCCCAGCCUUCACCUCUGCUUAUCUUCUAGCCCUCUCGCGCUUCGCUUUCCCUUCAUAUGGCAGAACCUCAUCAGAGAUUUUCCAAGGAAGCAGACUUUUUAGAUUCUACGUCAUUUUGGGAACAACCAUAGGACUGUUCUUGCCCCUAGCCUACGUGUUGGGUGGGUUUGCAAGGGGUGAUGAUCAAGCAGUCCGGUCAGUAACACCUCAUUUGUUCUUGCUCUCGUUUCAGAUCCUUACUGAGAACAUAAUAAGUGGUCUGUCCUUGUUUUCACCGCCAGUGAGGGCAUUAGUACCCUUGCUUUAUACGGCCAGGAGGAUCUUCGUUAUCAUUGAUUGGAUAAACGAUGUGUGGCUUACCAAAACUCUACCAGCAACUGCUCAAGUUAAGGACAUUGCAUGGUAUUGGUUUGGGAGGAGUCUAGCAGCUGCCAAUCUAGCAUAUUUCUCAAGCAAUCUUCUUCUUUUUUUGAUCCCGAAAUUCCUUCCACGGGCUUUUGAGAAGUAUUUCAGGGAGAUGGGUGAAAAUGAAUCAAAGAUGGCAGAGGACAAGCGUUUUGCCGCUGCAAACAAAACCAAAUCAGCAGAUAAGAAAGCUGCUUAGUUCACUUCUGUUUAUUUAUCAUAACAUUUGGAGCAGUUCUUCUACUUGUGCAAGGUUUUUUUUUGUUAUCAAAGGACAUGUUUCUGAUCAGCAACUUCCGAACUUUUACUUUUUUAUAUAA